AUGGAUCUUACAUUGCAGCCUGGCGACAGCUUCCCGGACAAUGUCGUAUUCCAGCAAGAUUCCCAUCUCCCUAUCUCUAAUAGUAAAGCUCAUCACAGAUACAUACCCUGGACAGAGGAAACGAGCUCUGUGACCUCGUGUGGGGUUGCGAUCCCUUACAAUGCUUCGAAGGAAUGGUCUGAUAAAAAGGUCAUUUUGGUUUCUGUUCCUGGCGCCUUUACCCGGACAUGCUCCGGUCUUCACCUCCCCAAUUACAUUGACAACCUUCCCACACUUAAGGAAAAAGGUGUCGACUUGGUGGCGAUUAUUGCCUUCAACGAUGCAAAUGUUAUGAGUGGCUGGGGGAAAGCAAAUAAUGUUACGAAUAACGAUAUUAUAUUCCUCUCUGAUCCCAAUGUCGGGUUCUCAAAGAGUAUUAAUUGGGCAGACCCAUCGGGUCAUCGGGGACUUCGUUAUGCCAUUGUCAUCGACCAUGGAAAGGUUGUCUAUGCACAGAAAGAGACCGAACGGGGCAGUAUCCAGAACUCGGGAGUCGAAUCCAUUCUUCCGUAUUUAUAG